AACAGUGUGAGACUCUGUCUCAAAAAAAAAAAGUGGGGGGGCUAUGAUUAUAUAACUAUAUCAUUGUUGGAUACUUUUUUAAAGGAAUAAAAUAAAUUGCUUUAUGUUAAAGGUCAGCAUUCAAAGGAGUCAGUGAACCCAGCCCCUGAAUAAUUUAACAUAUUUUGAAUAUUUAUCAUUGUGUAUGUGUAAAAAUAUGUCUAUAGAUUUCAUUAGUUUCAUGAAUAAGACUACAGGCUUCCAAAGUUAUCAAUUACAACAAUAAACACAUUUUAAUUUGUCUUUAAAUAAUAUGUAGAGUAAUAUUUUCAAAGAAUUCCUGUCAUAAAGCAUCUUCUUAUUCCUUUUAAUCCAAAAUGUAAUUGGUAGGAAGACUGCAAAUACAUGUUUUCUAGAUAGCAAUAGAAAGCUGGAAAAAAAACAAAAGACCUAAAAAUUGGAUCUGAUGAAGUUAGUAGGCCCCAACCUGAGACUUCAUCCCCCACUCCUUAAGCAGACUUCUGGCAGUCUAAGCUCCAGCCCUCUGUGUUUCCUUCAGGUGAAUCACCAUCUGAUUCCUGCAGGUUCAGGAAAUACUCUUCCCCAGUCGACAAAUCUCACCUACUCUUAGUUAUGAGUCAUUUACAUUAGCAAGAGAGCAAGUUGUUCCAGUAGUUGCCGGGCAGGAGAAUUUGAAAGGGUGCCCCAAAGGACAAUCUCUAAAGGGGUAGGGGAGAUACCUACCUUGUCUGGUAGGGGAGAUGUUUAGUUUUUAUGCUUUACCAGAAAAUCCACUUCCCUGCUGACCUUAGUUUCAAAGCUUAUUCUUAAUUAGAGACAAGAAGCCUGUUUCAACUUGAAGACACCGUAUGAGGUGAAUGGACAGCCAGCCACCACAAUGAAAGAAAUCAAACCAGGAAUAACCUAUGGUGAACCCACGCCUCAACUGUCCCCAAGUGUUUCCUGACACGCAUCUUUGCUUACAGUGCAUCACAACUGAAGAAUGGGGCUCAACUUGACACUUGCAAAAUUACCAAAUAACGAGCUGCACGGCCAAGAGAGUCACAAUUCGGGCAACAGGAGCGACGGACCAGGAAAGAACACCACCCUUCACAAUGAAUUUGACACGAUUGUCUUGCCGGUGCUUUAUCUCAUUAUAUUUGUGGCAAGCAUCUUGCUGAAUGGUUUAGCAGUGUGGAUCUUCUUCCACAUUAGGAAUAAAACCAGCUUCAUAUUCUAUCUCAAAAACAUAGUGGUUGCAGACCUCAUCAUGACACUGACAUUUCCAUUUCGAAUAGUCCAUGAUGCAGGAUUUGGACCUUGGUACUUCAAGUUUAUUCUCUGCAGAUACACUUCAGUUUUGUUUUAUGCAAACAUGUAUACUUCCAUCGUGUUCCUUGGGCUGAUAAGCAUUGAUCGCUAUCUGAAGGUGGUCAAGCCAUUUGGGGACUCUCGGAUGUAUAGCAUAACAUUUACAAAGGUUUUAUCUGUUUGUGUUUGGGUGAUCAUGGCUGUUUUGUCUUUGCCAAACAUCAUUCUAACAAACGGUCAACCAACAGAGGACAAUAUCCAUGACUGCCUGAAACUUAAAAGUCCUUUGGGGGUCAAAUGGCAUACGGCAGUCACCUAUGUGAACAGCUGCUUGUUUGUGGCUGUGCUGGUGAUUCUGAUCGGAUGUUACAUAGCCAUAUCCAGGUACAUCCACAAAUCCAGCAGGCAAUUCAUAAGUCAGUCAAGCCGAAAGCGAAAACAUAACCAGAGCAUCAGGGUUGUUGUGGCUGUGUUUUUUACCUGCUUUCUACCAUAUCACUUGUGCAGAAUUCCUUUUACUUUUAGUCAAUUAGACAGGCUUUUAGAUGAAUCUGCACAUAAAAUCCUAUAUUACUGCAAAGAAAUGACACUUUUCUUGUCUGCGUGUAAUGUGUGCCUGGAUCCAAUAAUUUACUUUUUCAUGUGUAGGUCAUUUUCAAGAAGGCUGUUCAAAAAAUCAAAUAUCAGAACCAGGAGUGAAAGCAUCAGAUCACUGCAAAGUGUGAGAAGAUCAGAGGUUCGCAUAUAUUAUGAUUACACUGAUGUGUAGGCCUUCUAUUGUUUGUUGGAAUCUGUAUGUACAAAGUGUAAAUAAAUGUUUCUUUUCGUUAUCCUU